UCUACUGCGCAUGGCACGUUGCGUACCUCUCUCCCAGCAACCAGCCUGCAAGCGGCGCGGCCGUAAACUAAGGAGGCGGAGCUGAGACGGGGUCUCUACUGCUUGCUAACUCCAGGAUCAGGGGUGCGCCUUCGCCAGAGAGGCCAUCCCAGGCUCCCCGUCACCCUCCACGGGCCCCUUUUCACCCGAGUUCUCGAUUCCCGCAAUGAGGGGCUGCAGCCCGGGAGCAGGAUAGGCUUGGGCCUGGCCUGGAAACACCGAAGCAGACUUGUCAGGAGGGACAGGUUAAAAUUUUUGAAAUUGAAAUAGGUCUUCGUAUUAGGAACUCAUGUCUUUUCUUGUAAGUAAACCAGAGCGAAUUAGGCGGUGGGUCUCGGAAAAGUUCAUUGUUGAGGGCUUAAGAGAUUUGGAACUAUUUGGAGAGCAGCCUCCGGGUGACACUCGGAGAAAAACCAAUGAGGCGAGCUCAGAGUCGAUAGCAUCCUUCUCCAAACAGGAGAUCAUGAGUAGCUUUCUGCCAGAGGGAGGGUGUUAUGAGCUACUCACCAUUACAGGCAAAGGAUUUGAGGACCUGAUGACAGUGAACCUGGCAAGGUACAAACCAACAGGAGAGUAUGUGACUGUACGAAGGGUUAACCUCGAAGCUUGUUCCAAUGAGAUGGUGACAUUCUUGCAGGGGGAGCUUCAUGUCUCUAAACUCUUCAACCAUCCCAACAUCCUGCCAUAUCGAGCUACCUUUAUUGCAGACAAUGAGCUGUGGGUUGUCACAUCAUUCAUGGCAUAUGGUUCUGCAAAGGAUCUCAUCUCUACACACUUCAUGGAUGGCAUGAAUGAACUAGCGAUUGCCUACAUUCUGCAGGGGGUUCUCAAGGCCCUAGACUACAUCCACCACAUGGGAUAUGUACACAGGAGUGUCAAGGCCAGCCACAUUCUCAUCUCCGCAGAUGGGAAGGUUUACCUGUCUGGUUUACGCAGCAACCUCAGCAUGAUCAGCCAUGGGCAGCGGCAGCGUGUGGUCCACGACUUUCCCAAGUACAGCAUCAAGGUUCUGCCUUGGCUCAGCCCGGAAGUCCUCCAGCAGAAUCUUCAGGGUUAUGAUGCCAAGUCUGACAUCUACAGUGUGGGAAUCACAGCCUGUGAACUGGCCAAUGGCCAUGUGCCCUUUAAGGAUAUGCCUGCCACCCAGAUGCUGCUGGAGAAACUGAAUGGCACAGUGCCCUGCCUGCUGGACACCAGCACCAUCCCUGCUGAGGAGCUGACCAUGAGCACCUCACGUUCAGUGGCCAACUCCGGCCUGAGUGAAAGCCUGGCCACGAGCACCCCCAGGGCCUCCAAUGGCGACUCACCAUCGCACCCCUACCAGCGCACCUUCUCCCCACACUUCCACCACUUCGUGGAGCAGUGCCUUCAGCGUGGCCCAGACGUGAGACCGAGUGCCAGCGCCCUCCUGAACCACUCUUUCUUCAAGCAGAUCAAGCGGCGUGCAUCGGAGGCCUUGCCUGAGUUACUUCGUCCCGUCACCCCCAUUGCCAACUUUGAGGGCAGCCCAUCUCAGGAUCACAGUGGAAUCUUUGGCCUGGUAACAAACCUAGAAGAGCUGGAGGUGGAGGACUGGGAGUUCUGAGCGUGGGACCACCCUGGGACGCAGGAGCCUCCCGGGACCCUUCCUGAGGCCUGGCCACAUCCCCACCCGCCUGGGUGCAGAUUGCAUAGAAAGGACGUUUCUGCCAGGAGAGCUGGCUGCCUACUGACCUGGAAAGAAAUUCCUGGAGAGACUUUUCUUUACUGCUCCAGGGCUUUUGAGACACAAGGGAACCCCAACAACCAGGGAUCAAGAGGGGCCAGAAAGCUGACAUUCCUGUCCCAUCAGCAGCUCAGGUGACCUCGUCAGAAGGAAGAGGUGCUCUUCUGGCCCGAAGUCCCGAGCCAAGGGUUUGACUCAGGGACUCAGGGACUGUGUGGCUUCCUCUUCCCACCCUUUCUCUCCGACCAGCCUAAUUCUAUCCUUACCCUCUGCUCUCAGAUCCUUGGUCCACAGAGAGGCAAGCCAUAAGCAACCUGCGCCCUUCCCGCCACCCCCAAGAGCUCUCCCUAAUACCUGAAGGGAAGGCUGUUUCUCCUUGAAGCACAGGUUGAGGUUGGGGCAGUCCAUCCUUAUCCGUUGUAUUGCUGGGGCCCUGACUCGUAAAAUUUUCCCACAAUUCAUCUUUGUAGCUCAUUCCUUGCCCACAAGAGUCCACCUCACAGCCUCCUGCCCGCUGCCUCGGUGCUUUCUCCAAGGGCCAGAAUGUCUUGCCUAGCCUGAGGGCUUACAUCCAUAUGCUAUUAGUUUCAUUACCAGAAAAAAAUUAAAUUUUUUUCCAAAGAA